AAUAUAUAUUAAUGACAUUUUGUGUAUUGUUCAUAAUUUUAGGGGCCGCUAUGGGUUAACUAAAAAUUCAGACCCCGAUUAAGAUGGAAGAAUUUCCUGACAUCUUGAAUGCGAAUUAUUCCGUUGCAAAUUUCGGUCAUAUUCCUUAUGGGAAGAGAAUGAUUGCUCAACUAUUCGUUCCUCCAGUGGAUCUGGAGAAGGAUAAGGAUCUGAAGUUAUGCGAGCAAGUCACAUUUAGUGUGGGAAUGCAAUAUUAUUAACCUUCUGGUGAUAAAUGGUUGAUUGUCAGGAGAGGAGAUUGCCCAUUUACUCGAAAAGUAGAAUUCGAUGUUUAUUGUAGGCUAUUAAUGCAUAGAACGCGAAGGCAAAGCUAUUGAUAAUUGUGGACAAUAGAGAUGAGAAGGUGGAAUCAAUUAUGAUGGCUGACGACGGAAAUGGAUAUCAAAUUGAUAUUCCAUCUAUCCUAAUCUCAAAAUCAGAUGGAGAGAAAAUACUUGCUUUUUUAUCGAAAUCCAAUUCAAGAUAUUUGAUCGGAAGUGUAGAAUUUAAAUAAAAUCAAACUUCAAAUCUAGUACUUAUACAAUCAUUUAUGAUAGACGAAUGUGCUUUUUGGUUUUAAUAUCGAAAACAAGGACACAUUCAAAUUAAUCAAUGAGUUCAGACCCAUCUACUAAGAAUUGUAGGGUUAUCUCAAUUUCACAAUCUUUUACGAAGUGUUGCGUUGUCUUUCCUGUGAGGCUGGAAAUUGGAAGACUGAAAACCAAGAUUGUCUUGGAGGUGGAAGAUAUUGUUAAUUUGAUCCAAACGGAGUUGCUUUUGGAACUGGAUCAGACGUUCUUAGAGAAUAGUUGCGUUAAUCAUGCAUUUGGAAAUACAAUUCAGAACUUUGGUGGUCCUACAUGGUAUUUCAUAUUGAUAAGAUAAAUAGAAUCACUUCACUAAGAAAUGUACGAAGGAGAAUGAAUAUGAUUCUUGUUUUGAAAAAUUUGUAAAACCUGAAGAGAAAUUAGCAAUUGAGGUUUGCAUUAAAGACUCAUACAUUAAUUCGGUGGAUAAAGAAAAAGGAGAGAAUAUCAUUUUGGAAGAACACUUCAGAUUGAGAUAUCAAUCUGGUAUCAUCUUCUAUCCUGGUGUGUCAAUUAAUAAUGUUGCAUACAGGGGCAACAUCGAAGCAUCAGAGAUCAAGGAGGCCAUUUGCGCAGCUUUAAUUGACAAGCCUGAGGCAUGCGAGGACGAAUAGAUAUCUUUUGAGCCCAAUCGUUAAAUCGAGAACUCUUACUUUUGGUUGAUUGUAGUGGUAUGCACUUUGAGCGUUCUCUUUAUUUUGUUUAUUGUAUUCAUUUAUAGACGUUAAAUGAAUGAGAGCAUGUAAAAAAACAUCAGAGAACAGGUGAGUUAAUAGGUCAACAAUUACGUAAGGUUUUACGAAAGCAGAAGUGAGAAAUGAUAGAUUGAUAUUAAAUUCUAUUAAAAUUAUUAUGAAUCAUUC